UUCUAUUGGACGGCUAGAUCAGUCCGCCUCCGAGUUGUCCGUCGCCACCCAUAAACGCAGUGACAGACUCCAAUCAAGCGCCUCGCUCUGAUGCUCUCUCAUGCCCUCACACGCAACACCUACAAGCUAAAACCCACCAAUCAGGCAAAGAACUCUCUCCCUCCCUCGCUCCAUCUCGAGAAAACAAGAAAAGAGGAGCUGUAAUAUAGCUCUCAAGGAGAGCAAGGAAAGAAAGGAAGAAGGAGCGAUCUUUAUCUCUUCCUUUCUCUACUUCAAUCAACUUCUCAACCCAAGAACAGCGCUAAUCUAGAGUUCCUGGAUAUUUAUAUAAUUGUGAAUGGAGGAAGAAGAGGAGUCCUUAUUGCCCCAAUUUCUCCGCUUUCAGCUCUCCAAUCGUCUCCCCUUCUCUUCCUCCGAGAUCGAAGAUCAUUUGCUCCCUUCCACCUCCUCCGCCACCGACCCCUGCCCCCGCCGGCAGUCCGCCCUCCACCGCGCCCGAACUGCCCCCGCCAUGGCCGUCAUGCGCGACCUCCUCCCCGCCGACACCACCUCCUCCUCCAUGCCCAACUUCGGCUCCGCCGGCUCCAUCCUCAAACACUCCUCCGUUCUUCUUCUCGUCUACUUGUCCCUCGGGGUUCUGGUCUACUCCAUCAACCCCCAGGGCUUCUCCGGCGUCGAGACGCACCCCGCCGUCGACGCACUCUACUUCUGCAUCGUCACCCUCUGCACCAUCGGCUACGGCGACAUCCACCCCCUCACCCCCGCCACCAAGGCCUUCUCCUGCGUCUUCGUCCUCGUCGGCUUCGGCCUCAUCGACGUCCUCCUCUCCGGCGCCGUCAAUUACGUCCUCGAUGUCCAGGAGAAUCUCAUCCUCGCCAGCGCCCGCGGUGGCGACGGCGCCGCCAGCUACGUGUUCGACGCCGAGAAGGGCCGGAUGCGGAUCCGGAUGAAGGUCGCUCUCGCGAUCGGCGUUGUCCUGCUCUGCGUCGGGGUGGGGACGUUGGCUCUGUACCUGGUGGAGGAUCUCGACUGGAUGGACUCGGUGUAUCUGUCCGUGAUGUCUGUGACGACGGUCGGGUACGGGGACCGGGCCUUCAAUACGCUGCCGGGCAGGAUUUUCGCUUCCUUCUGGCUCUUGGUGUCGACGCUCGCGGUGGCGAGGGCGUUUCUCUACUUGGCGGAGGCCAGGAUUGAUAAGCGGCACCGGAGGAUUGCCAAGUGGGUGCUGCACAGGGAUUUGACUGUAGAGGAUUUGCUUGCCGCUGAUCUAAACCAGAAUGGCUUCAUCAGUAAAUCUGAGUUUGUGAUAUACAAGCUCAAGGAGAUGGGCAAGAUUGGAGAGAGAGACAUACUGCAAAUCUGCAACCAGUUCAACAAGCUCGACCCCAACAACAUUGGAAAGAUAACCCUCCUUGAUCUAUUGAACGCCUCCAGAUGAUACCAGAGGAGAUGUUUCGCCAUGUACAGCUCCAGCUUAGCAGCAGCAUUUGUUGCUCUCCGAAGAUACGUGGGCAAAAUUGUUCACCCUUGUGCUAUUUUACCAUAUACAAUUAUAGCAAACGUAAAUAGAAUGACGAUUCUUCCUUCUUUCCCUUUAAUUAUUGUUGGAGGAAAAUUUUGUGGGAAGGAAGUUUAAAGAGGUGAUGCUUCUUUUUCAUUCUUACUGAAUGCCAAGUGCUUAGUCAAAUAUAGUCCACAUGUUAUAGCCCAAAA